CAGCUAGUCAGCAUUGAGUCUGAGGAUGAACAGAGACUGAUAGAAAAGUUCAUUGAAAACCUCUUGGCGUCUGAUGGUGAUUUCUGGAUUGGGCUCAGGAGGCACGAGGAGAAGCAAAGCAAUAGCACAGCCUGCCAGGACCUUUAUGUGUGGACGGAUGGCAGCACGGCAACAUUCAGAGAAACCAACAGCUCCUUCUACAAAGCCUGGAGAUGAAGGAACAGGGCCAGCAACACCCAUGCUUCCGGAAGACACGGGGGAAGAAGAUGCCAGAGAGACAUUUAAAGGAAAUGACGAAGCUGCCUUGAAUCUUGCUUACCUUCUGAUCCCCAGCACCAUCCUUCUUCUUGUGGUCAUCAUGGUUGUGUUUUGGGUUUGGAUCUAUAGAAGGAGGAAACGGGAGCAGCCAGGCCCCAGCACAAAGGAGCAGCACACCCUCUGGCCCUCUCCUCACCACGGGGACUGCCCAGACCCAGAGGUUUACAACAUCAUCCGAAAACAAAGUGAAGCCGAUUUAGCUGAGACCCGGCCAGACCUGAAGAACAUUUCAUUCCGAGUGUGUUUGGGUGAAGUCGCUCCCGAUGACAUGUCUUGUGACUAUGACAACAUAGCUGUGAACCCCUCCGAAAGUGGAUUAGUGACUCUGGCGAGCAUGGAGAGUGGCUUUGUGACCAAUGACAUUUACGAGUUCUCCCUGGACCGAACGGGGAGGAGCAAGGAGUCUGGGUGGGUGGAAAAUGAAAUCUAUGGUUAUUAGGACACAUGAGAAACGCUUGAGCAAACGGGAACAGGGAAGAAAAGAGGCAGCUUCUCCUGUUUUCUACGAGGAAAAGACUCAGAAUGUCUAUGAAAAUGCUCAGAUCAGGUUGUGGGGUGAGCAUGUGAUCUCCAUUAGGCCCUGUUGGAUCCCUAAGUUUGGCCAUAUCCCUUAUCCCAGCUUCUCACCCAGAUCAAGCUUAUGAGAAAGCACCUUGCCCGCGGUCAGGCAUGUAGUAGAAAAUAAAUAUCAAUUGA